UUUGCAUCACAUUCUCCUUCUCUCUUUUUCUUCAUAUCAUCUCUUUUUUUUUUAAAUCCUGUCUCUCGUGCUUGCUAUCUUUCUUCUCUUUCCAAAAGAAAUUAAAGAUGGAUAAGAAACCAUGCAAAUCUCAAGACGUUGAAGUGAGAAAAGGACCAUGGACCAUGGAAGAAGAUUUGAUCCUCAUCAACUAUAUUGCCAACCAUGGCGAAGGUGUUUGGAAUUCUCUUGCUAAAGCUGCAGGAUUGAAACGUACUGGAAAGAGUUGCCGGCUCCGAUGGCUGAACUACCUUCGACCGGAUGUCCGAAGAGGCAAUAUCACGUCGGAGGAACAGCUUUUGAUCAUGGAAUUGCAUGCCAAGUGGGGAAACAGGUGGUCGAAAAUAGCAAAGCAUCUGCCUGGAAGGACAGAUAAUGAAAUAAAGAACUAUUGGAGGACUAGGAUCCAGAAACACAUUAAGCAAGCAGAAGUUUGCUCUUCUCAGAGUCAUUCGGAGCUACUUGAGCAAGCAAGCACAAGCCAAGUGCCUUGCAAUACAGAUAUGAGGGAAACAUACCCUCCAUCAUCAUUUAACCAUUUCAACAUGGAAGCAUUUCCAGGACAGUCAGCAAUGUCAAUGGCAGUUGAAUCAUAUGAAAACUAUUGGAGCAUGGAGGAUCUCUGGUCCAUGCAGUUGCUUACUGGGGACUAAACAUGAGGAUUAGUUUCUAUAUACCUUACGCCUGUCGGUCCAAAUUAAUUCUGCUUGAUUUGGAUCAACGUUAGGUUUGUUUACACUCGGUGGUUGAGAACUGGACUUAGUAUUUUCCAUAUGUUUGGAUUAAGUAUGGCUUGUAAUCGGAUCUUAUACUGCAUCCACCUAUAUAAAUAUAUAUAUAUAUAUAUAUAUAUAUAUAUAUAGUAUUCAAUAAAUUACUUAGCUUUGGUAUAA